ACUUUUCAUCCUGUAUCAGAGCCUGUCGGGGUUCCUGCGCUGCUGCUCCUUCUAUUCCUGCAUUCCCUGACACAAUGAAUCCCUACAUAUAUGUAUAAAAUGUGAUAAUGAUUUCUCAUGCUUGUAUCUCUGCCAGACGGUGAAUAUGAAGAUAAGAGAGAGAUUCCAGCUGAUCUGGGAGGAACAUUAUGUUAUAAUAAUGAGCCAAGCAAGAUUGGGGCUGAAGGAGCAGAUUUUUGUGCCGAAGGAAAUCUCACAAACCCUGAAAUUUCUCCACUGGAGCAGCCCCCACCAGCCAAUGGGAUUAAAGAGGAGACUGCUUCAUGGGAAGAGGGAAACCAAUCAGAUUGCAGCAUUAAUCCCCUUACAGAACAGAGACAGGGAACAGAUAUACUUACUCCCAACACAGAGACGUAUAACUGUUCUAAAUGCCAUAAACAUUAUAUUACUAUGCAUGGCCUUCUCAAUCAUCAGAAAAGUCACAUAGGACCAAAAAGAUUUGUCUGUUCUGUGUGUAAGAAAGAUUGUAAGUGUCAUUCACACCUUAUUGUACAUCAGAGAAUUCACACGGGAGAGAAACCGUUCUCUUGUUCUGAAUGUGGGAAAAGUUUUGCACGCCCAACACAACUCACAGAACAUAGAAGAACUCACACAGGGGAGAAACCCUAUUGCUGUUUCAUGUGUGGGAAAAGGUUUUCAUAUCGCGCACAAUUUAAUGAACACAAAAGAAAGCACACAGCAGAGAAAUCCAAGCUUGUUUCUUUGCCAGAUGGUGAUUAUGAAGAUAAGAGAGAGAUUCCAGCUGAUCUGGGAGGAACAUUACGUUAUAAUAAUGAGCCAAGCAAGAUUGGGGCUGACGGAGCCGACAGAAAUCUCGAAAUAUCUCCAAUGAAACAGCUCCCACCAGCCAAUGGGAUUAAAGAGGAGGAGGCAGCUUCAUAUAAAGAGGGAAACCAAUCAGAUUGCAGCAUUAAUCCCCUUCCAGAACAGAUACAGGGAACAGAUAUACUUACUCCCAACACAGAGACGUAUAACUGUUCUAAAUGCCAUAAACAUUAUAUUACUAAGCGCGGCCUUCUCAAGCAUCAGAAAAGUCACGUAGGACCAAAAAGAUUUGUCUGUCCUGUGUGUAAGAAUGAUUUUAAGUGUCAUUCACAAUUUAUUGUACAUCAGAGAAUUCACACGGGAGAGAAACCGUUCUCUUGUUCUGAAUGUGGGAAAAGUUUUGCUCGUCCAACACAACUCACAGAACAUAGAAGAACUCACACAGGGGAGAAACCCUAUUGCUGUUUCAUGUGUGGGAAAAGGUUUUCAUAUCGUGCACAAUUUAAUGAACACAAAAGAAAGCACACAGGAGAGAAAUCAUUCACCUGCUCUCGAUGUGGGGAACAUUUUACAUCUCACUCAGAUGUUAUUGCGCAUCGAACAAGCCACAGAGAAGACAGACCUUUCUCCUGUUCUGAAUGCGGGAAACAGUUUAAGCGGCAAUCACACCUUAAAGUACAUCACAGAAUCCAUACUGGAGAGAGACCUUUUUCCUGUUUCGUAUGUGGGAAAGACUUUAUAGACCUCUCAAGCCUCAAAGUUCAUUUGAGAACUCACACAGAGAAUAAGCACUUCCCAUGUGUCUCAGACCUUCCCACAGGAGAGAGACCGUAUUCUUGUUCUGAGUGUGGGAAAUGUUUUACAGACCUGUUGCUUCUCAACGCGCACCAGAAAACUCACUCGGUUGAGAAACUAUUUUCAUGUUCGGAAUGUGAGAAAAGUUUCACCUCCCCCUCAGAACUUAAAAUACACGUCAGAGUUCACACAGGAGAGAGACCGUACACUUGUACUGAGUGUGGGAAAUGUUUUAGCCGUCGCGCCCACCUCAACGAACAUCUCAGAGUUCACACAGGAGAGAAACCAUUCACUUGUACUGAAUGUGGUAGAAGUUUUGCACGUCGCUCCCACCUUAGCAUACAUCGCAAGGCUCACAGAGGAGACAAACUACACUCUUGUGCUGAAUGCGGGAAAGGUUUUGCCUAUCUAUCACAACUUACCAUACAUCUCAGAGUUCACACAGGAGAGAAACCAUUCACUUGUACUGAAUGUGGGAGAGGUUUUGCGCGUCGUUGCCAGCUUAUUGCCCAUUGCCAAUUACAUAGAAAGGAACCAUACACCUGUACUGAACAAUUGUCUGAUAAUAAUACACAGUGAUGAGUGAGUAACAUACAGUUGUGAUGCUAUCAGUUAUGAUUCCUUUUGGUUAACAUAUCCUUUAUCUUUAGUAAACUUUUUAUUGUGAGUUUUGCUCUUUGGUAGAAAAUUAUAUUUGCAGUUUUACAUUCAU